AUCAUGCUAUAUCUCAGUCAUUAGUUCCUUGCUAAUAAUCCAAGUAAAGUAGGACCACCCACACUAAUAAUAGUCACCAAGCAACGCACACCCGAUUCCGGAUCCCAUAGAAGAAAAGGAUUUCAUGUCCUUUUGUGUCGGUUAGUCAUUCUCAUUCAUCCAUCCUUCCUUCCCAACCAUGAACAAGAAACCCUCAAGAAACCUCCUCACCCCCAAAACCAAACCCUUUUUAUUAACCUUAACCACGAAGUAAAACACAAACACAACCUCCAUGUGCACCUUAACCACAACAAACACAAUUCGUGUCUUAUUACUUAUUUUCCUCUAAAUCUAACCCAACUCAACCCGUGCUCAUCCCUAAUUAUGGGAAACUGCGUGUUCAAAGGUUUACACCACGGCGUUUCUGAAAACAUGAUGGUGAAAGUGGUUACCUCAAACGGAGGCAUCAUGGAACUCUUCUCUCCCAUAACCGUGGAGUGCAUAACCAACGAGUUCCCCGGCCACGGCAUCUUCCGAAGCCGCCGCGACAUGUUCUCCGAACCGCUCCCUAAAAACGAAGAUCUCCGCGGCGGAGAAGUCUACUACCUCCUCCCUCUAAACCCUUCUUCUUCUCGCAAGAGCUUGACGAGACAAUUCUCCGACGCCGAGGCCACCUUAACACCGUACCGAAUGUCAACGUGCGAGAAAAAUAACAACAACAACAACGUGUACUCGGAACCACCCGAGGUGAUUCCGAGAUACAAUAGUAGUGGGGUGUGGAAGGUGAAGUUGGUGAUAAGCCCCGAGAAGCUGUCGGAGAUUUUGUCGCAGGAGUCAAGGACGGAGGCCUUGAUAGAGAGCGUGAGGACGGUGGCGAAGUGCGGUAACGGCGUGCCGUCGUCGGUGGCGAACUCCGAUCAGUGGAGUGUGGCAAGCAGUUGGAAAGGUUCUAUGUCGGAGAAGAUGGGUUUACAAUAGCUAGCUAUAUGUUAAUUAAUUGAUUUUUUUCCUACUUUUUUGACUUUUUUUUUGCUAGUGUUUAACGACCCUGAUUAUUAUUUUCUUCAUUUGUUUGUCUACUUGUUAAAUAUUUUAUUUUAGGUAUUGUACGUUUGUGUAUAUAUUUGCAUGUGAUGAAGUGAGAUAUUGUUUAUUACUUUAUGUUAUAUCAUUUUAAAAAUAAGGGCAAAUUACUUUCAUAUUUUUUUAGGUUUAA